AUGCACAAGGAGAGCAAAGUUUCCGAUAUCGAUGAGAGGAUUGCCAAGCUGGAAUCGUUAGUCGGAUCUAGCUCAGGCCGUGGUUUGGAUGACUUGCCACCAAGUCUUGCCACGGCAUCCCUCAUCGGAUCCGUGUCGAAACUAGAGCAACAAAUCACCAUUCUGGCCCAACCAAGGCAAUUGGAAACCGUUGCUCGAAGAGUGAAAGUGUUGAUCAGUGAAUUGGAUAGACUCAAUGAGCUCAAGUCGGGUCGUAAGGAUUUGUCAUUGGGCUUUCUUUCUAGCACUACAUCGCUACCAAGCACUGCCGGUGGUGCAGCUGGUGCUAAUGCAGCAAAUGAAAAUAAAGAAGCCCAAGGUCUUUCCAGUGAGGCUGAAGAAAAGGUCAACCAACUUUUCGCAACAAUGGAAAAAGUCGAUCCACUUUUAAACUUAACACCAGCACUGCUUACACGCUUAAAAGCGCUGCAAGGUCUUCAUACUGAAGCAUCUACCUUUGGUCGAUCAGUUAAAGCUAUCUCUGAAGAGCAAACCCGUAUCACUGAUGAACUGAAGAACCUCAGUACAGCCUGUGAACUGGUAAAGUAG